UGUGUCGAGUGGAUCUGCCACGUCGUAACGAGUCCAAACUAACUUUAAACCCGGGUCACACAUAAGAUACCAAAGUGCAGUGCAGUGAAAAACAGACAUGAACAUAGACACGGAUUGCAACAUGGCCCCAGUGAGUUCCGGAAACGGCAAACUCCGACAGUGGCUGAUCGAGCAAAUCGACAGCGGCAAAUACCCGGGUCUGAUCUGGGAGAACGAGGAGAAGAGCAUUUUUCGCAUCCCCUGGAAACACGCCGGGAAACAGGACUACAACCGCGACGAGGACGCAGCGCUGUUCAAGGCCUGGGCACUUUUCAAAGGCAAAUUUCGUGAGGGGUUUGACAAGCCAGAUCCUCCCACCUGGAAGACCAGGCUGAGAUGUGCCUUGAAUAAGAGCAAUGAUUUUGAAGAAUUGGUGGAUCGUAGUCAGCUUGACAUCUCAGAUCCAUAUAAAGUCUACAGAAUUGUACCAGAAGGAGCAAAGAAAGCAGGAGCAAAACAAAUGAGCUUAGAAGAACCACAGAUCCUAAUAAACCAUCAUUCCUACACUGUGCCAUCUACAUAUUCCUCACUGCAGACCCAAAUGCCCAGCUACAUGGUGCCACAUGAGCGUACCUGGAGAGAUUAUGAACCACCACAUCCUGAACACUAUCCGUGUUCAGGAGUUCCAUUCGCAGCACGGAACCAUCACUGGCAAGGUCCUGCCUGUGAAAAUGCUUACCAGGUAACUGGAUCUUUUUAUGCUUGUUCACCUGCGGAUCCACAAGCCCCUGGCAUUCCUAUUGAACCUAUGAGAUCUGCUGAAGGAUUGUCCCUAUCAGACUUUCGGCUACAAAUUUGUUUGUAUUAUCGAGAAACCCUGGUGAGAGAAAUGACAACAACAAGCCCUGAUGGGUGUAGAAUAGCCCAUGGCCAGAGUCUGGAGGAGAAACAAUUUGGAGCUAACUACGAUCAGGUGCUUUUUCCUAAUCCAGACAACAGUGCAGAACGCAAGGGCGUUGCAAAGCUCCUCAGUCACUUGGAGAGGGGAGUUUUGCUGUGGAUGCUACCUGAUGGGCUCUAUGCCAAACGAUUGUGCCAGAGCAGAAUCUAUUGGGAAGGACCUUUGGCACCUUACAGCGACAGGCCUAAUAAGCUGGAACGGGAACAAACCACAAAACUUUUUGACACACAACAGUUUCUAGCAGAGCUUCAAGGCUAUGCAUAUCAUGGUCGUCCACUGCCAAGAUUCCAGAUUGUGUUCUGCUUUGGGGAAGAGUUUCCAGAUCCACAGAGGUCAAGAAAACUAAUCACAGCACGCAUCGAGCCAGUGUUUGCCAGACAGCUAUAUUAUUUCGCUCAACAGAACAGUGGACAUUUUCUCAGAGGGUAUGACUUGCCUGAUCAUGUGAACAACGCGGAGGAUUAUCACAGAUCCAUUCGACACCAGAUCCAAGAUUAAGAAUUUUCAAAGCAAAUCCAUUUUACAACUCAAUUCAAUAAGAAAUAGCUACAGAUUUGCCACUUUGGAGUUCCAGUAAAGAGAGGUAUCUUUCGUGCCUGUCACCUUGUGAACAACCAUGGGAUAUAGGAAGUGGCUUAACCUGUUUUAAGGACAUUUGCUGCUCUGCUUUGCCAUGUGACUUUGUGGAUGAAUACAAUACUUUGACAAACUGACUUUCAAUAGAUGAUUCCAGCGAUCAUCAUGCUGUUUACAUUUGUGAGCUAAAUGCUAACCAGUAAAUUUGUGUACAUCCACUGACACACUCUUUGUGGAGACAUGUAAUAUUUAUUUUGGAAUAUGACAAUCUCAGGGCAAUUAUGGUUUAAUUUUUUACAUCCCACAGAUGUAGAAGUGAUUUAUGGGAUAUAGUAUCCUAAGCUUUUAUACUUUUUUUUACACAGUAUUUCAAAAUGUUUAAAAUUAGUUAAUUGUUUUCAGGUUUUGCAAAAAAAAAUCAAAAUAAAGCUUUUUUUAAAAAAAUCUA